CUAGUUUUCUAGUUUUCUUCUUUCUUCUCUCCAUUGAUCUUUUCUUUUGUCUUCUUCUUUUUCAAUGUGGGUGCCUACUGCUGUUUUUAUUGUCUCCAUCUCAAUUGUAAUUUUGGGUUUUUCUUUUUCUUUGAUGAUUUGCCUAUGGGGCUUUUGGGCGUAUUCAUAUCAGUCUGCUUGUUUGGCAAUCUUCUUUCUGCUGCUAUUGGUGUUGUGUCUUGUUUUUCUGCCAAAUUACAUGAUUUAGCUGCGUGAUGCUUGUUUUCUACUUGUUAGAACAGAAUCUGUUACAAGAAUAAGAAUCUAGACUCUAGAGUGAAAAAAUGCCCUCAUUUACUAAUGAUGUUAUCUGUUCCCUUUUCCCCUCUUCCUUUUCCCUUUUUGUUGUUGACAAUUUCCUCGUACUUUCUCUCCAUAAACAAAAAGGUUGAUAUUUUCAGGUUUUUAUCCAUGGAGCACCAUGAUUCCUGGGCUUCAGUGCCAAGUCGGAAAAGAAAGUUGCAAGAAAAAGAUGAGGGCAUGCUUAGCUUCUGCAUGGAUGAACUCAAUCAAGACCUUCUUGAAAGGGUUCUCUCCUGGUUGCCAACCUCCACAUUCUUUCGCCUUAGGUCAGUGUGCAAGAGAUGGAAAUCACUAGCAGAUUCUGCAAGUUUCAAGCUUGCCUGCUCUGAGAUUCCUUCACGAGAUCCAUGGUUUUUUAUGGUUAAUCCCCACCUUAACAAGUGGACCAUCUUUGACUCUGCUGAAAGAAGCUGGAAUAAACUCAAUCAUCCACCUUUCCUCCAGCAAAGCUCAAACUCUGACUUGAUGCCUGUGGCAGCUUCUGGUGGCUUAGUCUGCUUCCGCAAUGAAUCAGGUGACUUAAUUUUAUGCAAUCCUGUGACAGGUUCCUGCCACCAACUCCCUCCUGCUCAUCCAGCCACAGAAAAUCACUCUCUCCAUGCCAUCGCCAUGAGUACAUGUUUAAAAAAUCAGCAGUCUUACAAACUUGUUUUGAUCUCUGGUGAACUAACAAAACUGUCAUGUAAAAUCUAUAAUUCAAGUACCAGUUGUUGGGAAGAGGAGAUGUUAUUAAAAAGAAAGGUCGAUGAUUCUCAGGAAUUUGACUCAAAUGAUAACAAUGCUGUGUACUUCCUUAGCAAGGCUGGAAAUGUUGUGGCAACAGACAUGCAAAGAAGCCCAUCUAAGCAAUAUUCAUCAAUUAUGACUGUUAAAGAUGGAGAGGAAAUUGCCUAUUUCCUUAGCUCAUCUGGUACGAUUGUGGCUUGCAAUCUGACGCACAAGUGCUUCUUUGAGUACCCCAGGCUAUUGCCUGUCUUUUAUGAAUACUCCAUUGAUGUGGUGGAGUGUAGAGGGGAAAUGCUAGUUGUUUUGCUCUCAGAAUUUUUUGGAAGUGCAAGCCUUAGGGUCUGGAGGUUUGAUGAGGAAUUUCGAUCCUGGCACCAGAUUGCAGCAAUGCCUCCAGCAAUGUCGCACGAGUUUUACGGGAAGAAGGUGGACAUAAACUGUGUUGGUGCUGGUGACCAGAUAUUUAUCUGCUUAAACUCUGCUGAGUUCUUCAGCUAUAUUUUGUGUGAUUUGAGGACCAAUGAUUGGGUCGAAUUACCUAAGUGCUUUAUGAAUGGUGAAGCUGUGGAGUUCAUGUCUGCCUUCUCAUUUGAACCAAGGAUUGAGGCUUCUGUCUGAGAACAAGAUUAUUUUGCAGAUGAGAGUAUUAAAUGAUUGUAAUUGCUAUUUGUGAUUCUUUUUUUUCUUUUCUUCCAUUUCCUUGUUUGUAUCCUCUGAUGUAUCCUUCUUAUAUUCUUUUAUGGUUAAUUAUUUUGGCAAAUUAGCCAUUGAAGGUUCGGCA